AAAAAUAAAUACUAAAACGAUUUAUAGUCAAGAUGUAUGGUUUUCAGCAUAGAUUAUGUUAUCUUGAUCAAAUUCUUGGAUCAUAAUAAUAAUAUAUGAUUAGGUUCUGAUGAGUAAUAGAUGUGGAACAGAACAUUUCGUUGACUUUGCUUGCAUGAUUUUGGAUUCAUCUGGCUGUGCAAGUUGGUUUGAUUUCAAGGUGUCCAUUGCUUAUAUAUCAGGAAGUUCUGCACUGUGAUUAUGCCACCUCUUAUUUUCCAUAAAUACCACAACCGUCAUAAUCCUGAUAGACUUAUUUUACCCUGAUCAGUUGUUAUAUUUCCUGUCAAAACCUAGUCAAGGAAGGAGUUGCUAGAAGUGGAUUUAUUGGAAGUGCUCUGAUUUUGAGAUUCAAACAUCAUAUGUGAUGCUACAAGUAGAUUUAUUGAAAGUGCCUCGAAACCUUUGCAAGUUUUAUGCCCAAAAAACAGGUGAACUACAGUGAAGAGCUGAAGAUAUAGAGAUGUCUCUUUUGUGAGCAACAGAAGCAACGGGGAUUAGCUUCAUUGUAGAAAAGAUACAUCCAGAUCAACUAGCAUAUUGUGGUUAUGAGGCAUUCAUUCCAAGCUUUGACAAGAGAGGUAGAACGUAAUCAUGAACUAGUGUUCUCACCCCUUACAGACGGAAUAGUAGUAUUCUGAUCCUCUUCAUACAAAAUGUUUGAAAUUCCCACCACGUCUUGCUACUUCACUUGUCCAAAUGCCUAUGCUUCUUCUGUUUAACAAGAUAUUAGAUCCAAGAUUUUGUGGCUAUGUUGUUUUGUUGUUGUAACUUGUCGUUCUAGAUUGGUUAACCUCAGGUAGGGGAUUAGUUGACAAGUACAAGGUCCUCGGCCUCAUCUGGAUUUUAAUAUUUAUUGCUGACUUGCGUAAGAUCUCUCAUUUGAACAUGUAGACAUCAUUUUUUAUGGCAUGAGUGUUAUUUACUGCUCAUCUCUUGGCUCUAUGAUAGACAAUGGAUCUGUUUCGUUCGCUUCAUCGUCAUUUCCUCAUCAUUCAUCAUCAUACUAGUGAUUUUUCAGUUUUAUCCUCAGACGUUCGGUCUAAGUUAUCUUGCAACUCAUUCAGCUUGUGUUGCUCAUUCAGGAUGAGCAAUGGCUACCACUGUGAAUGAAUUCAGGUUUGUUUAUCCAAAAUUUCAUUUCCUGGCAAGUGCUAUUUUCUUGUGUCUGAGGGUACACUGAUGGGUAUUCAUUAUUAGGCAGCUGACUUUUAUGUGUGUUUUAGAUAAUAUAGUUUUUGCAUUUUCCAAUUAGGGGCCUUGGGUUGCUCUCUUAUGAUAAAGAGAUAUUGACUCAUUUGAGAAGAAUCUCUUUUGUUCCUCUCAUGCUUCUGCUCUAUUGACUUCAGACAGGUUUUAUGUCUUUCUAAAGUACUUGAAUCGUUUCAGAGUGUUCAUGGAUUAUUGAUGUGAUGCCCACUAAGAAAGGGCUUGAAGCUUGGGAUCAUAAUGUUUACUAGACACUGUUUUUUAAUAGAAUUAUUUGGAUCUUGGCUUAUGCGGUUCAGAUUUCAUACUUUGUUCUAUCACAGAGUUAUUGAAUUCAUCCUUUAAUGCUGACUGCCCAGGCUUGUUCGGAUUUUGUGAUCAGGUUCUGAAAAUAUGUGUUUCCAACUACAAGGUCAUUGUCUUCUAGCUUUCUGAGAGAUCACAAAGUUUGCCCUAUUCAGGGUAGCAGUAAGAUUGAAGCUCACAAGUUCGUGUUGUUCAUUUUGGAUAGAAAUUCUAUUUUCACCUGUACGAGAAUGUCUAUUUCACACCUUUGUGUAUCCAUUGCUUAUAUAUAUCAGGAAGUUCAGCGCUGUGACUAUGUUGUUAGUGGAACUGGAUUUUUGACAAGAACUAUGUACAAAUUUUGUUGUCUAAACCUGGACCUCAUCCUCGUAUUAGAGUAUGAUCGAAAUGGAUUUUCCAAGAACCAUAUCAUAUAUAGAACAUCUAUGAACAUUUGGUUGACUUUGCUUGCAUGAUUUUGGAUUUAUCUGGCUGCACAAGUUGCCGGUCCCCAGCCCGGAUAAAGGAGGAGGGAAAAGCUUCAAAAUACAUUGUAUAACAACCAAAAAAUAUUGCAGUGGGUUGUUGGAUUUGUAAUGGCAGUAGUGCUAUAUGAUAAAGAAUUCAUUGUUUAGGCAAGACAAGUGUAUGGAGCUAAGUGUGUGCUAGUACUUUUUUAUAAUUGAUUGAAAGUUUAUGGAAUGUUUACUAGUAUUAAAUUAUGAUGGAAUUA